AUGACUGAUGACGAAAACGCCCAGGGGGCAAAUACACACUUGCCUUCCUGUCUUAGUGUUCUGUCGAAACAAACUCUGCUUCACCCUCCAAUGGAUUCAUUGUCCCACCCAAAGCCAAAUUUUGGGCCACACGAUGAAGAGUACAACCUUGAGAAAUUCAAUCGAUACAUCGAAAUCAUAAAAGGCCUCGAGAGUGCCGCCACGAGUGUUGCAAGAAAGUGGAACAAGAGAUUGGCGUCCAAAGAGGCAAUGAUGACUUCGCAGGUUGUGGGAGAGGAAUCAGCUCCAAAGUGGAUGAGGAAGAAAGUCGAAGAGAUUCUUUCGCAUGACCCAGACAUUGGAGAGCCUGAGGAAACUCAGUGUCAUCUAAUGGAUCUACCUUUCAAAGUCACCAAACCAAACCCAGCCAAAGAGGAGAUACUUUGUGAGCAUAUUGACGCAGCAGAGAACGAGGGGAAAAUUCUUUACUUCAAAGGCACCGUCGCCGUUGAUCCUAUUGCUUGUUCAGCUGGGGCAAUGUUCCUCGGAAGAUGUGAUUCGUCGAGCAGUUGGAACGCCUGA